GGCAACGGAUCUCCUACUGGCUGCGUAUUAAAAGUUUCAUCUUCACAACAGUAACCGUCGAGCUCCGUUAAAACGCUUCUCUCAUGGCGUUUUUCGGGAUCACCCUUCUUGGCUACCAGGAUCCGUUUCGAGCUGCACGGAUUAAGGAGAUCUACCGGAAUGGCGACACCGGGGGAGAAGGCGAAUCUGACCCAGCGAAGUUUCCUGCGCUUGUUUCCUCAUCUCCCUAUGUCAGCCAUGGCCGGUAUCGGGAGACCGUGACGCGACAACAGGCGCUGAGGACUCCCAAGCAGACUCAGCAAAUGCCCCUCACUACAAACCAGCAUUAUGGUUGGUGGCUACCACAGGAUCCCAAAGUCAAAACCGAAAGUGUUCAUCCCUGGAUUCAAGCCCCCCGACACCCCAUGAUCAACAGUCCUCUGACCAGGUUUGUGGACAAGAUGGCCGUCACAAACAAAGAGUUCAGCUUAUUCUGAUCACUGGUCGUUUUAGGAGAUUCUACUCAAUUGACCUUCUGCACCUCAAAACGACGCACGACGCCCUUGUCGCUAUCGUAGUCUUUUCAGUCUAUCAGUCUGGGGUCAUGUUAUGGGUUUAAUGGGCAAAUAUUGUAUGUGUACCUUGCCAAAUAUAAAUGAGAGCAGAAAACGUGAAUUUGACCUUGAACAUAAUUUGUAUAAGUGUGCCAGAAAUGCUAGAUUUUAACAUUUUUAUUUUUUAAUUUUAAAAGUAAUAAAAAAAAAAUGCAUGUA